AUGUCGGAGUCUUCUCAGCCCUCGCAAGCUUCUUCUUCAUCGUCGCAACUAGCUAUUACUUCAGUGUUUAGGACUGUCUCUGAUCAGACAAUUAUCCGCAACGCCUUUAAUGAACAAGGGUAUCGCGAUGCGCUUCUUAUCAACAGCUCCACUCUGGAGUACAGCAAGCGCACUUACUUCUUCAAACCCUCGAGGAAUAUAGGAUACAGUCUAGAGUUGGCUGGCGUACGGGUGGGUGAUAACGCGACGUCUAAUGAUAUCUGUUUGGAGCAUCUUGAUACCAUCCUUCGAAGGACGCACAACGCAUUCCUGCUUGCAUCCUCUAAGGAGGCUCUUACCGCUUCUCUCGACUCCGUGACAAAUGUCAUAGGGAGAGAGCUUCUCGCAGAGUUUUCAGGCGUUCUUACUUCUCGACAGAGAAACCCUAGAGCCCAAGCCCAAGCCCAAGCUGUUUCACGAACCUCACAGAGACAAAGGUUAUCUCGCCAGAGACGCAGCGUAGAUAGCGACGGGUCUGUUGAUGAAGACUUCUGUAGUAUUGAAAACAUCCGUACACUACGCAAACUACAUCAACUAUGUGUUUGGCUGCGCAACUCAAAUAUACAUGCAGCAGAGCGGGAUCGCAAGGUAGGCCUCCGCUUAGGGAUUGAUAAUCAGACUAGGUGGUCUUUGUGGUACUCAGUUAUCGAUCAGGCUGCCAAGAAGAUGGCUGUAAUCAAGGUCUUUAUGCACGAUAACGAGAAACACCUUAACGAGAUCCGUCUUGCUUCUAACGACUAG